UCUGCUGCAUCAAUGGGCGUGGUGCAGACAGAAGGCGGCAGAGUUCAGGGACAAAAUAUCCCCCUGGGUCUUUUCCGAUCUGUGGAUGUUUUCAAAGGAAUCCCAUUUGCUGCCAAACCUAGAACUUUUGAGAAACCUGAACCUCAUCCUGGCUGGAGUGGUAUCCUUAAGGCGACAAAGUUUGCCCAGAGAUGUCUUCAGAUCAGUAUGUUACAAACUUCAUCUUUUGGUAGUGAAGACUGUCUGUACCUGAACAUCUGGGUCCCUCAUGGCAGAAAUGUGUCAUCAAACCUCCCAGUGAUGAUUUGGUUUUAUGGAGGAGGCUUUAUGGUUGGAGGGUCCAUGGGGCCCAAUUUUCUCAACAACUAUCUGUACAGUGGUCAGGAGAUCGCAGACAGGGGUAAUGUUAUUGUGGUCAGUGUUGGAUACCGAGUCGGAGUACUGGGCUUCCUCAGCACUGGAGACUCCAGCCUCCCCGGAAACUAUGGCCUGUGGGAUCAGCAUGCCGCCAUCGCCUGGGUUCAUAGAAACAUCCGCUCAUUUGGUGGAGACCCAGAAAACAUCACCCUCUUUGGAGAGUCUGCAGGUGGCGCUAGUGUCAGCUUCCAGACUCUCUCCCCUCAUAAUAAAGGACUGUUUAGAAGAGCCAUCUCCCAGAGCGGUGUGGCCUUCUGCCCCUGGGCCUUCAGCAGCAGCCCACGAAAGGUUGCACUGGAGGUCGCUGCGAAGCUCGGCUGCCCCACUGACGACGGGAUGAUAGCCUGUCUGAGAUCCACUGACCCCAGAAACCUCACAAUGGCUGCUCCUCGUAUUGAACAAGGCUCCCCAGACCAUCCUGGUGUGAACAAUCUGCUUCUGUCCCCUGUUGUUGAUGGAGACUUCCUCCCUGAUCAGCCUGCAAACUUGUUCCACAACGCUGCUGAAAUCGACUACCUGUUGGGGGUUAACAACAUGGAUGGACAUCUCUUCACUUCUCAGGACAUCCCAUCGAUCGGACAAAAAGAUCGGGAGACCCCUGUAGAAGACCUCAAGAGGCUCCUCGCUGCUUAUACUAAGGAGAAGGGACAAGCUGCUGUAGAUGUUGCUUUUGCAGAGUACUCAUCUGACUGGGGAUCACAGCCAAGCCAGGACACCAUUAAGAAAACAGCGGUGGACAUUGGGACUGACUAUAUCUUCCUGGUUCCUGUUCAGACCGCCGUCUACCUGCAUGCAACCACAGCAACGUCUGGACGCACCUACUCCUACCUUCUGUCUGAACCCAGUUUAAUGGCCGGACCAGGAAAACCUUACCAUGACUGGGUAGGAGCUGACCACGCUGAUGACCUCCAGUACGUGUUUGGGAAACCCUUCACCACACCCAAGGCAUACGGGGACAGACACCGAGACCUGUCCAGACAUAUGAUCGCAUACUGGACCAACUUCGCCAGAACAGGGGACCCCAACACGGGCCACAUGGAGGUACCUGUGACCUGGCCAGAGUUUGACACCUUUUCCCACCAGUACCUGGACAUCAGAGGUGUUAUGAACGACAACUCCACCGCACAGAAAAUGAGGGUGCGAUUUAUGGAGCUUUGGACCCGUGUCAUCCCUAGCCUCCCGUCGAACACAGCCACAGAAAAACAGUGGGUUCUGAGAAAAUCCAAGUGGACUCUGAGGUUUCCUGCAGUUUCAACACAAGAAGGUCCAUUUACUAAACUGGAGGCAGAGUCUCCAUCACUGUGGCCGAUCACGGAAGAGGGGGAGGAGGAGGAGAGUCAGACCUGCAUCUCUCUCACUUCAGUACAGGACAGAGAGAGAGGGAGAGAGACCCCGGCAAAGGCUGGAGCCACUGAUCUACAGAGGACAGAGGGAAGACCUUCAAACAACAAGAAAUAUUAA